AUGUGGUUUACUUUAUGGUCAUGCAUUCUAUUAGCACUUGCCUGUGAAGUGCAAGCUACUACUACUAUUGAAAGCGGGAUGCGUACCACUCCGCCGCCUCCUCCACCAGCAGAGAACAGAACCAGUGUGAAAAAUGCGGCUGACUUUUUCCCGUUUCAACUCAACGGAGAUGUAAAUUUAAUGACUGAUUUGGCGCCGGACACGGAGAUAGUCUCAUAUAAUAAGCCCGGAUUUGCGACCUUAUACAGAGAAUUCUCCGGCAGCUUCAUUAUUCCCUUGCAUCCUUCGUGCGUAGCAGUAUAUUUAUGUUUUGUGAAGCGAGAAAUUGUCGAACCUACCGCAACGGGAAUCAAGAAGUUAGAACUGAUGGAACUUUGUAAAACAUCGUUGAGGUUCAUGCCGAUGGAGCAGAUGAUUUAUGAAUACAAAGAAGGAACGCUCACUCGUUCACACGAGUACGUUUUAUCCUAUGCUUAUUUUCGCGUUAAGGAUACACAAGGUGAUAUCACCACAUACACUCUAGAGGUAUUCGAUGGAUUUGAAUAUGAGGAUCUCGCAGAACAGACAAGAAAAACAGUUACGAUUCAGGCGGACUCAUCUAAUUAUGUCUUCAUAUUGUCAAACAGCCAAUACUGUCAUGCUCAAGCGCUCCGUGAAAGAGCAGAACCUAUGAGUGCGGAAAAAUUCAAAAUAGAACCCGAAUUAGGAUCACAACUAGCUGUCUAUUACACAUAUGAUAUUGAUAAUAAACCAAAACAAUUAGAAGCACCGUAUGUGAUCACAAACAUUUAUAAAGGGUCAACGUACAAGAUCGAAGAGGGCUAUCCUGACUCAACUUUGUUGCCUGGAGUGACUAAAGUAUCUUAUGCGUCGGAAGAGGACGAUUGUUGCCCUGACCAAGUCGAGUUUGGCGAUUUUGUGCCCCAAGAUGGAUGGUAUGACACAACCCCGCAUCCAAUUGCCAACGAAUAUGCUCUUCACCAGUUAAAUACUCCAAAGUGCAAGGAAGCAUUCAACGUCUCUUCACCACUGCAAGCAGUCGUCCUUGAGGUCGAUGAAGAAUGUCUAUGGGUACAGGUGUGCUUCGAUAGAAAAGUAAGUUCCGGUGGGAGCUACUGGUGUGAGGAAAGCGGUAAAUUGAGCCUAAUAUUUGUUCAUGAUGUCUUUAUCCCAACAGACUCAGAACAAGCAAUUAAUUUUGGCAUUGAUCGCCAUCUUAUUACAAAACUUCGUAUCAAUUUUAUGUGGAAGAGAGCAGGGAUUAUGCUAGAGUACGGUUUCACAUCUCCAAGUUACCCGAUGUUCAGUCACAGCAUGCAUCUAGAUCCUUACGAAAAAGUUGGAUUUGAUCCUAGUCAAAUGAUGAUUCACAUAAUAAAGCACCAGCAAUGCCGUGCUCGUAUUGUCACCGCGAAUGGCGACAUAUAUGGCUCACCUGUGUAUCAGUGUACAGUCGUUACAUCUUGCAAGUGCGUUAAAUACGAGAAAUAAAGCAACUUUUUGCGAUAAAAUUUUGUAUUUACAAAUUAUUGUGAGCAUUUUGUAACGAAUAAACAAUAGUUUGUGAAA